UACAGGCCUUGGCAGCUUUUCCCCCCAGAGCGGCGCGUGGUCUACGCGGCAGUUGCUGGGCGCCAGGACCGCUCCCGGGGUAGCGAGGGAUGCUGAAGGAAUUGUAGCUAUCCAGACGUAUAAUGAGAGGACUCGUACCAGAAUACAGUCACUGUAAUCCUUAGACACCUGGAUUACCACAAUUACUUCUGAUUUAUACAGCAUGUACACCACAGAACCACAAAAUGAACAUUUGGAGGAUAAAAAUAACCCAUCAUCUACAGCUCCUCAGAUCCUCAAAGAUAGUAGUAUUCGUGAACGUGAAGAAACUAAGGAAAGUGUCUUGUCACAAACAGAGGAAACAAAACCACAGAAGGAAAAGAAGUAUUCUUGUCCUCCACAAGGAAAUGUGAAUAAAGUUAUUACAAACGGAGUUGCACUUUUUAUGUUAUGGUGUGUAGCCUGGUCAUUCUCAGGCCCCGAAGUUCUCCCUGGUGGAAAUUUAUUUGGACUAUUAAUUAUUUUUUAUGGUGCCAUGAUUGGGGGGAAAAUUUUGGAACUCAUUAGAAUACCUUCAGUGCCUCAACUUCCACCUCUUCUUGGGAUGUUACUGGCAGGUUUUACCAUCAGGAAUGUUCCAUUCCUCAGUGAUUACAUCCAUAUUAAUAACACAUGGUCUUCAACUUUAAGAAACACUGCCCUUACCGUUAUCCUAAUACAAGCUGGGCUUGGACUCGAUCCACAGGCUUUGAAGCAUUUGAAGAGAGUUUGUUUAAGAUUGGCUCUAGGUCCAUGCCUCAUAGAGGCAUGUUCAACUGCUGUUAUUUCCCACUUCCUUAUGAAUUUUCCCUGGCAAUGGGGAUUUCUUUUGGGUCUUUCUAUUAGUUUUGUAGUAGGCGCUGUCUCUCCUGCUGUUGUUGUCCCUUCCAUGCUACUUUUGCAAGAAAAUGGAUAUGGUAUUAAGAAAGGCAUUCCAACCUUACUAAUAGCUGCUAGCAGUUUGGAUGACAUCAUCGCAAUCACUGGAUUCAGUGCGUGCUUGAGCAUAGCCUUCUCCUCAGGCAGUGUACUUAAAAAUAUCCUCGCCUCUUUCCAGGACAUACUUAUUGGUGUGCUGGCAGGAGCUGUUUUGGGAAUUUUUGUUCGAUAUUUUCCAAGUGAAGAUCAGACAAAACUUUCACUGAAGAGAGCAUUCCUUAUUUUGAGUAUGUGUGUUUCCGCUGUUUUGGGCAGCCAUCAUAUUGGUUUACAUGCAGCUGGAGGAUUAUUCACACUAGCGUUGUCUUUUGUUGCUGGGGUAAAUUGGUCCACGGAAAAGAUUAGAGUCCAAAGAGUUAUUAAAACUGUAUGGUAUAUUUUUCAACCCCUUCUUUUUGGUUUGGUUGGAUCAGAAGUAUCUGUUACAUCUCUUAAAUCAAAUGCUAUUGGCAUUUGUGUUGUUACCAUGAGUUUGGCAUUAUUGGUUCGAAUUUCUUGUACUUUUUUAUUGAUGUGUUUUGCUGGUUUUAGUUUUAAGGAGAAAAUAUUUAUUGCUUUAUCGUGGAUCCCCAAAGCUACAGUCCAGGAGAAAGAGAGACAGAGCAUGAGUGGGGGAGGAGCAGAGAGAGAGGAAGACACAGAAUUCGAAGCAGGCUCCAGGCUCCAAGCUGUCAGCACAGAGCCCGACGCAGGGCUCAAGCCACAAACUGUGAGAUCAUGACCUGAGCGGGAGUCGGACGCCUAACCGACUGAGCCACCCAGGCACCUCUUAAUAGUUUUUAAAUGAAAUAUUGUAGUAUUUAUUUACAGGUAUAAAAUUAAAUCACAAAUGGAGAUAAACCAUGAUUUUUCAACUAGAAUAAAAUAAGGAUUAAAGUCAGCCUACAGAA